AUGACCGUCGCACAGGGCCAUCACAACCUCGUCUCCGUGACGAGACUCUCGCCGCCGGUCGACACGACGCAGCCCUACGACCCCUCUACCCUCUCGGGCAAGACGGUCCUCAUCACCGGCGGCGCUCUCGGCCUGGGCGCCGCCUUUGCCCGCGAGUGGGCCUCCCACGGGGCCAACAUCAUCCUCGGGGACGUCAACCCGUCCGCCGGCGAAGCCCUCGUCGCCACGCUGCGCGCCGAAAACCCAAAGGGCUCCCACCACUUCGUCGCUUGCGACGUGACCUCCUGGGACUCGCAGGUCGCCUUCUUCAAGGAGGGCGCCCGCCUCUCACCCGACGGCGCCGUCGACGUCGUCGUGGCCAACGCAGGCAUCAAUGACCCGGCCGCCAACCACCGGUUUGAGAGCCCGGUCCCCUCAGCGACGGACCCGGACGCGCCCACCGAGCCCUCCAACAGGAUCAUCGACGUCAACGUCACGGGCCUGUCGUACACGGCCCACCUCGCCCUCUUCUGGCUGCCGCGCAACGGUCCCUCCCGCGACAGGUGCCUCGUCUUCGUCGGCUCCGUCGCCGGCGUCCACCAUUUCCCAGGCCAGUCGCCCUACACUUUGUCCAAGCACGCCGUGACAGGCCUGUUUCGGUCCAUGCGCGCGACGGCCCACCUGCGCCACGGGAUCCGGCUCAACAUGGUCUGCCCCUACUUCGUCAGCGGGAGCAGCAUGUUCCCGGCGGCCGCGGAGGCGGCGCUGCUGGGCGGCGGCGCCGGUGGAGCGCGGUUCGGCGACGUCGUCGACGCGACGACGAGGCUCGUGGCGGACGAGGCCAUCGUCGGCCGGGCGCUGCUCGUGGGCCCUCCCGUCGCGAGCGAUGACGGCGGGGACAAGACGGCGGCAUGGGACGUGUACGCGGAGGACUACAGGGACUGCGAGAUGUUUGUGUGGCGCUGGGUGCGGAUGUUGAACACGGUCGAGUACCUCAGGGGGUGGACCGGGUGGGUUGGAGAUGCGUUUUCGAUUCUGACGAGAACUGUGAGGGGCGAGAGGUGA